UUGGAUUUUUUUCCGUGGAUCUAUCAAUUCACGAUUCGAAUUUGGAAGAAAGGAGGAAAACAUGACGUCUCCAGCCAAAUUCAAAAAGGAUAAGGAGAUCAUUGCAGAGUACGAUACUCAGGUCAAAGAGAUCCGCGCUCAGCUCACAGAGCAGAUGAAAUGCCUGGACCAGCAGUGUGAGCUCCGGGUGCAGCUGUUGCAGGACCUCCAGGACUUCUUCCGGAAGAAGGCUGAGAUUGAGAUGGACUACUCCCGCAACCUGGAAAAGCUGGCAGAGCGCUUCCUGGCCAAGACACGCAGCACCAAGGACCAGCAAUUCAAGAAGGAUCAGAAUGUUCUCUCUCCAGUCAACUGCUGGAAUCUCCUCUUAAACCAGGUGAAGCGGGAGAGCAGGGACCACACUACCCUGAGUGACAUCUACCUGAAUAACAUCAUUCCUCGAUUUGUUCAAGUCAGCGAGGACUCAGGAAGACUCUUUAAAAAGAGUAAAGAAGUCGGCCAGCAGCUCCAAGAUGAUUUGAUGAAGGUCCUGAAUGAGCUCUACUCGGUCAUGAAGACAUAUCACAUGUACAAUGCCGACAGCAUCAGUGCUCAGAGCAAGCUAAAGGAGGCAGAGAAGCAGGAGGAGAAGCAGAUUGGCAAAUCGGUAAAGCAGGAGGACCGGCAGACCCCACGCUCCCCUGACUCCUCGUCCAACAUCCGCAUUGAGGAGAAACACGUCCGGAGGAGCUCAGUGAAGAAGAUUGAGAAGAUGAAAGAGAAGCGCCAAGCCAAGUACACGGAGAAUAAGCUGAAGGCCAUUAAAGCCCGGAAUGAGUACUUACUGGCUUUGGAGGCAACCAAUGCGUCUGUUUUCAAGUACUACAUCCACGACCUGUCUGACCUUAUUGAUCAGUGUUGUGACUUAGGCUACCACGCUAGCCUGAACCGGGCACUGCGCACCUUCCUCUCGGCUGAGUUGAACCUGGAGCAGUCGAAGCACGAGGGUCUGGAUGCCAUCGAGAAUGCCGUCGAAAACCUGGAUGCCACCAGUGACAAGCAGCGCCUCAUGGAGAUGUACAACAAUGUCUUCUGCCCACCUAUGAAGUUUGAGUUCCAGCCCCACAUGGGGGACAUGGCUUCCCAGCUCUGUGCCCAGCAGCCUGUCCAGAGCGAGCUGGUACAGAGAUGCCAACAACUGCAGUCUCGCUUAUCCACCCUGAAGAUUGAGAACGAAGAGGUCAAAAAAACAAUGGAGGCCACUCUGCAGACCAUCCAGGACAUUGUGACUGUCGAGGAUUUUGACGUGUCUGACUGCUUCCAGUACAGCAACUCUAUGGAGUCGGUCAAGUCCACAGUCUCAGAAACCUUCAUGAGCAAGCCCAGCAUUGCCAAGAGGAGAGCCAACCAGCAAGAGACAGAGCAGUUCUACUUCACGAAAAUGAAGGAGUACCUGGAGGGCAGGAACCUCAUUACCAAGCUGCAAGCCAAGCACGACCUUCUCCAGAAAACCCUGGGAGAAAGUCAGAGGACAGAUUGCAGUCUGGCCAGGCGCAGCUCAACCGUGAGGAAACAGGAUUCCAGCCAGGCAAUUCCUCUGGUGGUGGAAAGCUGUAUCCGGUUUAUCAGCAGACACGGUCUGCAGCAUGAAGGAAUUUUCCGGGUGUCAGGGUCCCAGGUGGAAGUGAAUGACAUCAAAAACGCCUUUGAGAGAGGAGAGGACCCGCUGGCUGGGGACCAGAAUGACCAUGACAUGGACUCCAUAGCUGGCGUCCUGAAGCUUUACUUCCGGGGGCUGGAACACCCUCUCUUCCCCAAGGACAUCUUCCAUGACCUGAUGACCUGCGUGACAAUGGACAACUUGCAGGAGAGAGCUCUGCACAUCCGGAAAGUCCUCCUGGCUCUGCCCAAAACCACUCUGAUCGUCAUGAGAUACCUCUUCGCCUUCCUCAAUCAUUUGUCACAGUUCAGUGAGGAGAACAUGAUGGACCCCUACAACCUCGCCAUCUGCUUCGGACCCUCGCUGAUGUCAGUGCCUGAGGGCCACGACCAGGUGUCCUGCCAAGCCCACGUGAACGAGCUGAUCAAAACCAUCAUCAUCCAGCAUGAGAACAUCUUCCCAAACCCCAGGGAGCUGGAAGGCCCCGUCUACAGCCGAGGAGGAAGCAUGGAGGAUUACUGCAGUGACAGCCCUCACGGAGAGACAGCGUCGGUUGAAGACUCCACCCAGGAUGUGAGCACGGAGCACCACACGAGUGAUGACGAGUGUGAGCCCAUUGAGGCCAUUGCCAAGUUUGACUACGUGGGCCGGACAGCCCGGGAGCUGUCCUUCAAGAAGGGGGCAUCCCUGCUGCUGUACCAGCGGGCUUCCGACGACUGGUGGGAAGGCCGGCACAAUGGCCUCGACGGGCUCAUCCCCCAUCAGUACAUCGUGGUUCAAGACACCGAGGACAGUGUCGUGGAGAGGUCCAGCCCCAAGUCUGAGAUUGAGGUCAUGUCUGAGCCACCUGAAGAAAAGGUGACAGCCAGAGCGGGGGCCAGCUGUCCCAGUGGGGGUCAUGUAGCCGAUAUUUAUCUUGCAAACAUCAACAACAGUACCUUCCACCUUGCGAACUCAAAGCCCACGACUGCCAAGCAAAGGAAGCGGCCAGAAUCGGGGAGCAUCCGGAAAACAUUUCGGAGUGACAGCCACGGGCUGAGUGGUUCUCUGACAGACUCUGCCUCCCCGGGGGUGGGGGCUGGCUGCCGCCCAUCUUCCCAGCCCAUCAUGAGCCAGAGUCUCCCCAAGGAAGGGCCAGAUAAGUGUUCCAUCAGUGGGCACGGGAGCCUCAACUCCAUCAGCCGCCACUCAUCCCUGAAGAACCGGCUGGACAGUCCGCAGAUUCGGAAGACGGUGACCGCUGGGAGGUCAAAAAGCUUCAAUAACCAUCGGCCUAUGGAUCCUGAGGUCAUUGCACAGGAUAUUGAGGCAACUAUGAACUCUGCCCUGAACGAGCUGCGGGAACUGGAGCGGCAGAGCAGCGUCAAACACACCCCUGACGUGGUUCUGGACACCUUGGAGCCCCUCAAAACCUCCCCAGUGGUGGCCCCCACGUCCGAGCCCUCCAGCCCCCUGCACACCCAGCUCCUCAAGGACCCCGAGCCCGCCUUCCAGCGCAGUGCCAGCACCGCUGGGGACAUCGCCUGCGCCUUCCGGCCUGUCAAGUCCGUCAAGAUGGCUGCCCCGGUCAAGCCUCCUGCCACACGGCCCAAGCCCACUGUCUUCCCCAAAACAAAUGCCACUAGUCCUGGUGUCAACUCCUCGGCUUCCCCACAGUCCACUGACAAGUCUUGUACUGUCUGAGGAAUAUAAUUUAAUUGUUCUAGACAAGGGGACUGCAGGGACUGACUGUUAUUAAACUCUUCCUAUUUAACUAGCUUGGGGACUUCAGUUGAAAAUUAGAUUUAAGUUGUUCUUCCAGGAAUUAGCCUUCCCAACACCCAAAAUCUUGAGAAUGAAGCUCUCAUUAUCACCCUGCCCGGCCCUUCCCAUUGCCCUCUGCUUCCCCCAGUCGUCGUAAGUCAACCAGCCGCAGUACAUACUGUUCUUAGGUUAGCCAGAGGUAGAUUUUUCCAUUAUCAGGUCACUGUGAAAUCUGGCCAGGCAAGCCAUGAGGACAUGGGCUCCAGGCUCAGUCCCCUCACACGGGAUGCCUAACCAGAUGGUCAGCUACGGACAACCCGCUCUCAGUGACGUCUUGUUUUGGGUACUGGUUAUAGAGAAUCAUAUAGUCCAUGUAGUCCAUUCUUCGUUUUACACACACACACACACACACACACACACACACACAGGCUUUUCUAGUCUCUGGCAUGUGUAGCUUCUGGUCCUAGACCAGUCUCUUUGUAAGUUAUUGUGACAGUUCACACAGGAGCCACCAGGGGUCUCUGUUUCCAUUACAAAUCUGUCUGGGCCUGGAGAACCUAGACUGGUAUCUCCAUCAUAUGACAUAUAGCAGGAUGGGACGCGAUCCUGUAAUCUGCUUAGGGAUUAGAGACUCUGUCUUCUUUCUACUGGUGUGAGCUAGUCCUUGGUAUUUGCUUUUGCUCCUCCUCCAUCUAGAACUACAACUCAGUCUUACUACGGAACUUCUCCAGUUUUCCUGAAUGUAUAGACAUUUCUUGCUUUCCUAUCUUUGUCUCUGAUGGACCAUUUUCCAGAUAAGACAUUUUCCUAUAUAAAACGGUUUUAUAGCUGGUUCCUUUUAGGGUAAAGAGUCCUAUAAGAGAGUCUUAUUGCAUUUAUGACAGGUUUGGAAAAAGGUAAGAAAUGAGUCCUUUUUCCUCCCACUCAUCUGGGCACUUAAGACAUAGAAUUUAUUCCUCUAUUAAAAAAUUAAAUUCAGCUUUGCUAGCCCCAAAAUUUUUCCCAAAUGAAAACGUCUUCUAAGUUCAGCCCCUAGUUUGGUUAUUCUAUGAGGUCUCUUUAGGGGCCAGUGGGCUUGGAGCCCCAGGUACAUUAAAAGGAGACAUUUCUCCUUAAAAACAUGUUUUCUUUUAGCCAAACGACAACCAAGAGAACUGUGCCCUUCUCCCCCCCCCCCCGUCCCCACCACCUUGGGGUGGGGGCGGGCAUUAACAUCUUCAUAAGGCCUGAAUCUAAGAAAAAUUGGUUGCUGAAUAUUUUGGCCUUUCUUUGGACUUUUUUCUAGUUCUCCAAAAAGCAAAAAUGAUGCCCUUGUCUGCUUUAAGCCGGUCUCCAAACCUGGUGCCUGUGAUCCCAGCACCCUUGGCAUCCUGCUGUCCCAGAACCAGAGCUGGGAACAGACAGUCACACUCCAGGCUCUUGCAUCUCAGAUAUCUACUCGAGUUAAACUCGAAACUCAUUCCUCUUGUCUGUUUUCGGUUCUAGAGCUACAACUUUUAGCCUUACUAUUUCCUGUAGUUCAGGAGAGAUGGUGAGUUGUCAUUCCGGUAGGAAAAAGUCUGAAUUUUCUCAUCUGUAACCUAGAAGCUCUUUUGGGGCCAGCAUUUUGCAGUUGGUAGUCGACUCUGUGGAAGUGGUAGGCUGUUCCCCAUUCUGCCUGAAGGAGAAGAGGAGCUUUGUGGGAAAUCACUCAUUAGAAGGAGAACCUGCAGCACCAGGAAGACCAUCCCAAGAGACAAAAGGGAGACAUCAAGAGCUCCUUCAGGGAAGUGAGACAGCCUCUGAGAAGCAGCCACAGCCCCCUGGAGUCCUGGCUCUCGUUGCCCGUUUGGUGGCCAGUCCUUGUCUAUCACCUGGACUUCCACAGGUCUUGAGCCAACAGGGUCUCUCGUAUCCGAGGAUCUACUUCCUUGCUGAAAAUGGAUCCCCGCCCUCCACUGUACAUUCCUUUUAAUCCAACUGAUCCAAAUUGGUACCCAUACCUGCCCAUCCUCCUCCCUCCGGUGCAUCCUCUCUAGGAAAGGGAAAGCAAAGCUUUCUUAAUGACAAUGCUUCCGGCCUAUUCUGUUGUCCCUACCUUGUUUCUCUCCUCCGCCCUGUACAUGACUUGUCCGCGUCCCCUGGGUCAGUGUCGUCUGCUGAUUUGCAUCAUGAAUUGGACAGUGUGAAUGGUCACCUGCUCCCCCCGCUCUGGGAGCAGAUGUCUUCCCCUUUGGUGCUCCUGACACCUGUGAGAUGGUCCUGUCGAGAGGACUGGGAACCCAGAGGAGAGUCCUUCUUGGCAGAGCUCACUGCGGUCAACUGGAAUUGAGGUUGCACACUGUGAUUUUUAUACCGAAAAGCCAAGAGGAGCUGGCCACCCCGGGCCUAGGGAGACCAGCCUUCCUCGGACAGGCUUGCCUAAACCAGCGUAGUGUUUCCAACAGCCCCGCUCUGGCCCUUGAGGCACGGAUCCUCUUCCUGGUGUGGAUUCUGAUGGGUCAGUCUUUGGGGGACAGACGUGGGUGGGGUACCAGCAUCCCAGUUCCGAACAAGAGAGGAGUUUGCAGCCAACCGCCUGUAAACUGGAAACACUGGUCUCAGCCAACCUCCUCAGGGCACCCUGGUUUCUCCCCAAGGAGACGGGAGAGACGCCAGCAGCAGGACGAACGGACAGCUGGGAGGGCUGGUGUGGAUGCACCUCGAAGAGAAGCCCGAGCUUCCAGGGAAUUGCAAUGUUGUGGCGUCUGACGUGUAUGUCACGUUUGUGUACAAUGGUAUAUUCUUUAAAUAGUGUUGAUAACUGGAAUACUGUAUGUAUGCUUGGAGAUGCUUUGUGGGAACCUAAGACUGUCACUCAACAGAUGUUGGAUUGGGGAAAAUCCAAAGCACAACUUCGAAAUAAAAUACGUUUUUAGGUUUCA